AUGACAACAGUUAAUUUAUUUUGUCUUCUCUUCAUUUUUUCGUCGAUCCAAAGUAUUUAUUCGAUCACGUAUCCCUGUGAUUCUCACGCGCCUUGCGGUUGCUCGCAGUUUCCUGUUGAAACAAAUGAAGAUCUUCGGAUCGUCGGCGGAGAAAAUGCUCGUUUUAACACAUUAUCAUGGACGGUAGCAAUUCCGCAGGGUGAUGAUUUAUGCGGUGGCACAAUUAUUCACGAAUCCUUUAUAAUAACAGCUGCUCAUUGUUUCGAUUCCGGUUUUCUUUCAUCAAGUAUAACAAUCUAUGCCGGUUCUCUAAAGUACCACGAUGGGAUAAAGAAAACAGUAUCUCGAGUUUAUUUACAUCCGAACUAUACCGCAGCUACAAUAGGAAAUGACAUUGCUUUGAUAGAGUUAACCACUCCUUUGAAUCUAUCUGAUGUUAACCUAGCCAAAAUCUGUUUACCAAAUGUGACUUCUACAAUAAAAGAAUAUCCUCCAGCAGGUACAUCUCUACUCGCUGCAGGCUGGGGUACUCUAUCAUUCGGUGGACAGUUUCCAGAUAGUUUACAACAGGUUACUAUUCAAGCUGUAGCUGCUGGAAUGUCAUACUGUGAGAGUAUUGUCACAGACUCAAAGAUUCAAUUUUGUGCGGGAAGAAUGCCUGAAGGAGGAAAAGAUACAUGUCAAGGUGAUUCUGGUGGUCCGCUAAUAAUGUUUAAUUCAAAUAAACAAUGGGAAUUAGUCGGUAUUGUUAGUUAUGGUAAUAGAUGUGCAUUACCGAAAAGUCCCGGGGUUUAUACACGUGUUUCAUCUUACAUAAAAUGGAUCAAUGAUACAAUCCAUGCGCAUCGUACUACCGACUUCACUUCUGCAUCGGUUCUUUAUAACAGCGCACAUUCAUUUUAUGUUCCUCUCUAUUUUAUCCUUUCAAUUUUCAUGUCAUUAUGA